UCCUACAGUCUGACAGCAGACUUCCUUCAGUGUGUAGUUGUCGUGACUCACAGACACUUCUCUUCAUCUGAUAUUCAAUCUGACCAUGCUUCUCACGCACAGACCCGGAGCACGCCGCCUAUAAGAGGCAGCCGGAGCCGGUCUACAUGUGCAGACGGAUCCAGCAGACACACGGCGAUGGCUCAGAAGACGGCGCUGAUCGUGUACGCCCACCAGAGUCCAGGUUCGUUCAACGCUGCAGUGCGCGAUGUGGCGAUGGAGGAGCUGACGGAGCAGGGUUACAGGGUCAUCGUGUCCGACCUGUACGCCAUGAACUUCAGAGCCAACGCCACGCGGGACGACGUCAUCGGUGAUCUGAAGGACCCGGAUCAUUUCCAGUAUGGAGAGGAGACGAUGCACGCCUGGAUGGAGGGACGCCUCAGUGACGACAUCGUGGCCGAGCAGCGCAAAGUAGAAGAGGCCGAGUUCAUCAUCUUCCAGUUUCCUUUGUACUGGUUCAGUGUUCCUGCCAUCAUGAAGGGUUGGAUAGACCGAGUGCUGACGCAAGGCUUCGCUUUCUCCCUGCAGAAAAUGUACAACACCGGUAUAUUCAAGGAAAAGAAGGCGAUGUUGUCCUUCACUACCGGAGCGACGCAGACGAUGUUCCGGCCUGACGGCAUCAACGGAGACAUCAACGUCACACUGUGGCCUCUACAGAACGGCACUCUGCAUUUUUGUGGGUUUCAAGUUCUCCCUCCUCAGAUAUUCUGGAGCGUGGCUCACUGCCCCCCCGCCGUGCGAACUGCGAUGCUGGACGGGUGGCGCGCGACUAAAAGGAUGUCAGCAGAAAAGCCUUUGACCUUGCCCCCUGCGAGCUCUUUGACCUCAGCUUUCAGCGGGUUCAUGUUGCGGCCCGACGCGAGGGAGGACCAGGAUCUCGAGCCAUACGGUCUCACCACGGGACACCAUCUGGGCAAACCACUGCCGCCUGACAACCAGAUCACGCUCAGCGCUCCGAAGAAGUGUGCCAACCCAGACUGCAGGAACUGA